CCUUCUACACUUGGAGAUUCACCAGACUAUGCCUUGAAAGAUGAAAGUGAAGUCAAUUGGUCAACCUCAUUUUCAGGUUUAGGUUCAGCACCAUUUCCAAGUCAUUCCCAAGAAGUUUUAGCUCAACCUAUUGAUCCAAAAGAUAUUGAAAUUAAACCAGAUGGAUUAAUCUAUUUACCAGAAAUCAAAUAUCGUAGAAUUUUGAGUAAGGCAUUUGGUGCUGGUGGUUGGGGUUUGGUUCCAAGAUCUGAAACUAUAGUUACAGAUGCUUUAGUUACAAGGGAAUAUGGUUUGGUUUGCCUGGGUCGUUUAGUUGGUAUUGCAAGAGGUGAACAAGAUUAUUUUUCACCAGGGAACAUUCCAACAGCUACAGAAGGUUGUAAAUCAAAUGCAUUGAUGAGAUGUUGUAAAGAUUUAGGGAUUGCUUCUGAACUUUGGGAUCCAUAUUUCAUCAAAGAUUUCAAAGCAAAGUAUUGUGAAGAUAAAUUUGUUGAACAUGCCACCACAAAGAAGAUUAGAAAGAUUUGGAAGAGAAAAGAUAGAACCAUUGACUAUCCUUAU